GGCGGCGUCCAUGCGUAAAACAUGUUUUUGCACCUUUCCAUAAAAAACUUGGAAAACUCCAAGUUUUCUUCAACAACUUAGUAUGUACGAUGGUUUAUUUAACAAGGCUUCUGUAUAGGCGAUCGUCUGAACACAUUCGAGAUGCAUUUAAAAAAAGAUUUGGUGGAUUUCAAGACACACUGCGUAUCUAUGUUAAGGGAGGUGCUGGUGGUAUGGGACUUCCCUCGCUAGGCGGACAGGGAGGAGAUGGAGGAGAUGUGGUUCUAGUAACGUCGUCCAAAAUGACGCUUAGAAAAUUACAGAUGACUGAACCGACCAAAAGAUUUACUGCUUCAAAUGGAGUGAAUAGCAGGGAGAGGCGUUUGGCAGGAAUACGAGGAGUAGAUAGAAUUGUUUCUGUACCUAGUGGAGUUACUGUUGUUUCAGAUGAUGGGCAAGUUAUUGCUGAUCUUGAUCAACCCGGAAAACAAGUUGUUGUAGCAAAAGGUGGAAAAGGAGGGUGUGCUGCCACUGAAUGGAAUGGCCAGAAAGGAGAAAGAAAAUCUGUCAAACUUGACCUAAAGCUAAUUGCUGACAUUGGACUUGUUGGGUUUCCAAAUGCCGGGAAAUCCACUCUAUUGGGAGGACUAUCUAGAACCAAACCAAAGAUUGCUGACUAUCCAUUUACAACGGUAAAGCCACAAAUUGGUAUUAUUCAUUAUGACGACAAUAGACAGAUCAGCAUGGCAGACUUGCCUGGAUUGGUAGAGGGCGCUCAUCUCAAUAUUGGAAUGGGACACAUGUUUUUGAAGCAUGUGGAAAGAACAAAAUUAUUACUGUUCAUAAUUGAUGUGCAUGGAUUCCAGUUAUCUCCAAAAUAUCUCCACAGGACAGCGUUUGAAACACUCUCUCUACUUAAUAGGGAACUAGAAUUAUACAAACCAGAGUUAAUUUCAAAACCAGCAAUAUUAGCCAUUAAUAAAUUGGACACUGAAGAGUCUCAGGAAAAACUGCAGCCUUUAUUAGAAAAACUCCAACAAUGUGGUGAUUAUUCCGAUCUUCCUCAAGAUAUAGCACCAUCAAUGCCAAUUAAAUUUAAAGAAAUUCUUCAAAUAUCUGCUAAAGAAUCAACCGGACUUGAACCGCUGAAAACGAGAAUCCGGGAACUGUUAGACAAGGAAGCAGAUGAGGAAAGGGAAAAUGAUAGACAAGAACUGUUACAAUCGAAAGCAAAAGAGAAAAUAUAGAAUGUUGAGCAGACAAGCCUGUAUAAAUACCCUUUAUACUUCUGGAGUGCACUCUUAUGUGUGGUGAACCUGGUGUUAAAAGCUCUCCUUUAUAGAGCCCUAUUCUACAGGUUGCACGAAUACAUGCCUACAUGUAAAUAGACAUGCAGGAUAUGCGGCUACAAUUUUAAAGACGAUGUAGAGGAAAUUAGAUGAUGGCUAAAUCUCUUACUCUUAUGGUUAGCAGUUUGGCUAAAAUAUUUUACUGGAGUGGGACACAACAGUCACUUACAAUUCAAGGCACAUAUACCAGAACACACAAAACUUGUUAUCAUAUUUUUUAUUAAAGUUAAUGUAUUGAUAGUGAUAUGAAUAUGUGUGACUAUUAAUUGGAGUUGUAUGUAAAUUUAAAGAAUUUAGUAAUUCCAACCAACAAUUCAUUGUGAAUCAAUAAAGCACAGCAAUGAAAAUGUACUUAUACUAGUCUACAUCCACAUCCAUUGUGUUAGUGACCACUUUCAGACAGUCCAGAGGCAUAAGCAACUCGUGUAUAAAAACUCCUUUCAGUAGAUUUGCCUAUGUUUAAGAGACCAAAAUGAUAAUUAACAUUACUUAUUUGAUUUUGUUGCAACAGUACCUCAUUAUUUUUUCGACAUGACAGAUGUACGUGUUGGCAAUCCAUGAAAAAAAAAAAAAUAAUCCAAACUCCACCCGUGUAUAAAGACCAUUUUAAUGAAGUCCUUUGGAUGGUUGGUAAAAGCUAGUGCUAAUAAUUAUAUACUGCUAGUCUUACUUGACUCCAGCAUUUGACAAUUUUUAAUAUCAAAUUUAUACAACUUCAAAAAUAAUCUGGCUCAGUAUGCACAUCCUGGCACCAACACCUUGCAGCACCCACCAGUCGACUAUUCAAAAACAUGGCAGUAAUUAAAUAUAUAAAAUACCACAAUAUAUCAAUUAUUUAUAUAAAAAAGGCCCUCUAUAGCUGCACCACAAAUCCAAUACUUUGUAAAUGAUUGCAUCAUUGUAGCAAGCAUUUAGUGUCUAGAUAGCAAAAUUCAUAUACAAAAUUAAAUACAAUGUAUAAGCAAAUAAACAAAAUAUCAUUCCAUUUA